GGCAUGCGUUCAUUCAACACUACUACUGGGAGGACCAAUUCCAUGAUGAAAUCUACUUGAAAUGGAAGAAACAAACUCAGGUUACCGUCUGUGGCCGCAUCAGCCAGAAAAGGAGAGAUAACCGGCAACCUUCCUACAUGUCAGACGCUCACUGGGCAACAAUGGUUGAGAAGUACAACACUGAGCAAGCGAAAAAGAAGAGUGCAAAAGCUGCAAAAUCUCGUAAGUCUGCUCCAGUUGGGAAGAAGAUGCACAAGCACGGUGCAGGCCCACGCUGUUUCCUUAACAUUCAGUAUAAUAUGAUGGUUGAUGAAGGUUUGGAUGAACCACCUUCAUACACAGCCCUUGCGAGGAAGACUCACACGGGUAAAGACGGCUCCUUCUUAGACGAACGUACAGAGGAGCUGGUGCUGGAGGUUGAGGAAGCCGUUGAAGAGAUGUUACAAGAUGGAUCUCCACAUGGCGACAGUCAAACCGACUCCACUGCUGCUUCAAAUGCAAAGCGCUACCUUCUCAACCAAGAAUACAUCAAGAGAGGAAAGACAAAGAAGGGCACAAUCUAUGGCCUUGACAGUGCUCAGUACAAGAACAGCAGUCCUUCUGUGCCAAUUCCUGUCUCACUCAAGCGCAACCUUGACGUGGAUAUGCGCAUGUCUGGCUUCGAGACCACCAUUUCUGAAGUCAAGGAAGACAUUGCUGGAGUCAAGGAAGAUUUCACUGCUUUGAAGACAGAGAUCAAUGCUUUCAAGACUGAAGUCACAGGGGGGAUGUCUGCAAGCCAAGCAACUCUCAACAUUAUUCUGCAAACUCUCCAAUCUCAAGCUUCCACUCCUGCCUCAACUGCACAACCAUUUCAGCCUCAAGCUCAGCCCCAAGCUCCAGUUCAAUCUCAUCAUCAGCCACAACCUCAAGCUCAGUCUACGGCUCCACCACAACAUCUCUCGACCAAUACCCAUUCUGAUUUAGAUAGGUGGUGCCAAGAACUUGAUAUGUAAGGUUUGAUCAGUUCAUGUAUUAAGCUACAAUAUUUUGUGUACUUUGGUUCAAAUUCAUGGAUCUUUUGAAUGUUUGAAUGUUUGAAACUUCAACUCUUAUGUAAUAUAUUUCGGUUUCAAUGAUAUUAUGACUUUCUAUUCGCAUAUAGCAUUUUAUAUAAAUUUCAAAUUUGUUUUUUAUAAUUGAUUUUAAUUUUUUUUUUAUAAUUGGUUAAACUAGCCACAAAAUGUUUCGUCAGUAAAACGUAGCAUAUGUUACGAAAGAAACCGUGGCAAAACCGUGCCUGUUGCUACAUUAUAUUUCGUAUCAAAUCGUAGCAAGUUACUGAAAUCGUGGCAAGCGUUGCCACGAAAACUUUCAUAGCAAAACGUGGCACUUUGCUACGAUUUUUGAUACGCGCUUUUUUUGCUACGCUCGUAUACGUACGUUUUACGUUUCGUAGCAUUUCGUGGUUUCUGCUCCGUAUAGCCACGAAAUCUUGGUCAUAGCCACGAAAAUUAACGUGGCUGUAGCGAUGUUUUUUACUAGUGUAAUUUCUUAUUAUAAUAAUUAUAUAAACAAAACAAUCGAUUACUAUACCUAUUUUCCUUUAAGAAAACUAUAGCUCGGAAUGGUAACAUCGGAUUGAGCGGUGCAGGACAAGCGGUUUGACUGCGGUGCGGUUCUGACAGUUAUAAAAACGUAUAGAUAUAUGGUAUAUGUAAAGAUUUUUGUUAAUGUUAACUGCGGUGCGGUGCGAGACGGAUGUUACCAUUCGAAGCCUAUGUCCAACGGUCUAUUAUAUUGUCUUUUGAAGAGUUUAUGAACUUUUGUUGUUGUUAAUCAGUAUAACUGAUGAUAAAUCUCAAUUUUGAAAUUAAAUUAUAAAUCUUCUACUUCAGAAUUUUUAAUGAACUAUUAAUCAAACUAUUAGACCAAUACGAUUUAUAUACACAAAUUAUUUAAUCCAUCUUACCUUUUAAUCAAAUAGUUGCACUUCAAGCAGUGGCAUAGAUAGCUUAUAAUUAUAUGGAUCAUAUAGGGUUAGUGUUGGACAAAUAAACCAAAUCUGAAAAUCUGAAUAAAAUCCGACCCGAUAAAAAUGAAUCUGAACCGAAUUAAAUCAAACAUAAAUACUGAAUGAAUCUUAUUCUACGGUAUUUCAGAUUAUGAGUUUUACCCGAACCCGAAUUGAUAUCUAAAAACAUGAAAAGUUUAAAAUCUCAAAAUACUCAUAUCUAACCAAGCUCAAUCACAAAUAAAUAUCCAAAUAUAUAUUUUUGGUACUUGGUUAGUAUUGCUAUUUUUAUGUUUUGACACUUGCAUUUGAAGUUGAGUUAUGAAUAUAUUUGUUUUUGAAAUUUUAAAAACAUUGUCUUAUUUUUCAAAAACGUUGUCUUAUUUUGAAGUUUAAAUAAUGUUUUGUUACGUUUAUAGAGUUAUUAGUUUCAACUUGUAUAUGUAUUUCUCCUCUUAACAACAAAUUUGAAUCAGCCACCAAGUUUUUACUAGUGUAAAUUGUUUAUAUUUGCCUAGUUUGUAAACUAAAAUGUGUAUUUUUAAAUAACAAAAAAGUAUUUGCAUAACUGAAAACUUGAAGUUGAAACAGGUUCAUCUGGGUUUAUGAUGUGUUACUAUAUCUGAACCGAACCUAAGAAAGUUCGAACGGAAUCCGAACUGAAUUUUGAAAAUAGCCUAAUAUGGUCAAAUUCAAGCUCCCAAAAACUGAAACUCAAUUGAACUCAAACCGAAUCCGAAUGGAUAUCCGAAUCCAAACGUACAUAUGACCCUAAAGAUUUUCGUAAGAGAAUUACUUCUAUUUAUUAAAAAAGAAAUCUGAUGCGAUAUUAAAAGUUUUAACUUAUUGACCCUUUGUAAGAGGUAGUCAUUAUCACAUUGACCUCAGUAAAACAAUAAGCUGCCGCUGGCGUCAAGGUGAUUGCAUACAAUUAAAUGGAAGGUUUAAUAUGAUUCUAUACUAUCUUUAUCUUUAUAUUAAGAAACUUUGGUCCAUUCCUUAGAGAAGCUUCCAUUUUAAUACUUACAACUUGUUCGAUUCCUUGGAAACAUUUUUUUAUUCACCUUCUAGUUGAAUAAUCUUAGGGUUAAUUAUGAAGAUAACGCAUUACAUUACCAAUCAUACCAAUUUAGAUACAAAAAUCUUGUAACACAAUAAUAGAUAAAGCUCGUCAAAAAGACGUUUGUUGAAAGUGAGCUCACCAUGUGGCGCGCCAACACAUACAGACCCGUCACCCGGUUCUCACUGAGUCUUAUAGAUGCUUUUGUGUGUUUUCACAAUUAAUUCAUUGUAAACGUUAGGAAUUGAAAACAGGAUCUGCUUUUGAGCAUCUUCAGACUUGUUAAACGUGUUAAUAGGGUCAAUUUUUAACAAACUUGCACUGAAUUGGUUUGGGUCCCGUCAUCUUCUUUCAAUUAUUGCUUGAGAUAGUUUUCAUUUAGGGCCUUUCAUUUAUUAUAUCAAGAAAGAAUUUGAUCCAGGAGGAAAUAAAGUGUAGAUGGUUUGUCCACGGAUCAGCUUUAUUUUUCUUUCAAAGUAACUUAUUAUCAAAAUUAUUAUAUCUACAAAGUAAUCAACAACUUUAUCUACUUUUUUCAAAAAAAGAAAUAUAUAUUAAAUAUCAUUAUCUUCCCAUAAAGGGAAUCUGACGUCGACAAGAACGCUUCACCAGAUCCUGCGUGAAACCCUAAUCCCCGGUGGUCGAAUUUGCGAACCCGGCGACCCUCUAUCGUCCUCAAAAUAGAGUAUGUCGGUCAAGAGUUUGACGAACCACCAGGGCUUCAAAGCUUAUAUUGGAGUCUUCCGCACAAUGACUUUUCCGAAUCACGAAGAGGGACAAGAAAGUGCAUCCAGAGACACCAAAAUCUAUUUUAUCUACUUUUACUUUAUCUACUUUGCUUUAUGAAGAUUUGUGUACUGUCUUAUUCGUACUAUACUUAGGUCAAACUGUUCUACGAAAAUUCAUAUUUAAUAUUUUCCAUUUUUAUCAUAUUAAACAAAAUUUAUAUGUAAUUUCCUGUUAAUUAUUAUUGAUAAUAAAUCAUUUUUGAAAUUCAAA